CAGACAUGUUUGGGGGGCUACCGUAGAGGUUUCGGCGCUAACUGAUUUCCGAGCGCUGGCUUCAGUACAUCGCGUAGUCUUGGCAGUUGGUACUUCGAAUCCGACCAUAGCUAAAAUGUUCUUGGUCCCUUUAGUUCUACACAGAUUUGAAAUCAGAGACUUGAAAUCAAGGAGACAACAAUUAUAACACCUGCGACCGAUCACCCCACUGAGACUCCGGACUGGACCGGCUUCCGUCAACACUUUCAAAGCUCCGCGGCUCAAAAUUUUGGCAUCUUACACGGUUUUGGUUCUGAGGGAGCAAUAUGAGGAGGCUGACCUGGUAUAGCUUUGUGCGACUAUUUCAUAGGAUCAAGGACAACCUUGCCCUUGUCACUUCCUUUCGUCAUCUUUGGAAGACUAAUAGACCCUUGGUGGUGUUGGUCGGUGGGAUGGCAUUGCUGUUGGCCCUGUACACGUACCUGCUGCUGAUCAUAGAGGGGAAUUACAAAGAACGACAAAAGCUGUUGAUAGCUAUACGGAACAUGGCCGAUGGUGCCUCUCUUCUGAACAAUCAACGGACAAUGCAUGAACAUAAAGAAAGGUCUUCGAAUUUUCCUAUCAUUACUAUGGCCCCCUUUCCAAUAGACGGCGAUCGCAUUGAAUGGCAGCCACCUGAUUGUGAACCCAGGCAAAAUUUCGCAUUCGUAAAAGUUCACAAGGCGGGGUCCACUACAGCUCAGAGUAUCUUUCUACGCUACGGCUACGUUCACAACCUGACCGUCAUGCUGCCUGGAGGGAAGAAUCCUGCGUCUUUCUCUUGGCCUAACCUCCCCUCCCCCGGGGACGCCUAUCCCGUGAGUGGAGGGGUGUACAAUAUCCUCACCCAUCACGCCAGGUACCACCCGGAGACCCUCCGCGCCAGGAUGCCGCCUGACACGAUUCGUCUGGCCAUCAUGAGACACCCCCUCGACCACCUAAAGUCUAUGUUCAAUUUCAUCCACCUCAAUACUAAAUACAAUCUCGACCCAAUGAACCCGAUUCAGAACUUCCUGGAAAACCUUACCGACUACGCGGAAAUCGACAGUAAAUUCUACGACGGCCGCUCGCCAACUAGAAAUUUCCAGUCCUUCGUUUUAGGCUUCGAUCAGAUGAAGGAUUUCGGCGAUGAGCAGAUAGAACAGCAAUUCAGAGACAGGACGACAGAGGUACCAUUUGUCAUGAUACUUGAACAUCUUGACGAGUCCCUGGUUGUCCUCAAACGGCUGAUGUGUUGGGUUCUCACAGACAUUCUCUACGACUGGACCGCGAGAAACUACCGAAGAUUCUAUUACAAGUCAUCCAGCUUGAGCCAGCUGGCCAUAGACAACCAUCACAAGUGGAGUUCUAUAGACUACGCGCUUUACGAACACUACAACAGAACACUCUGGGAGGAAGUCAGAAAGGGCGGGAAAGACUUCGUGUUGGAGCUGGAACACUUUCGAAUGAUGAAUAGUAAGGUGAACGAACAUUGUAGGAUCGAUCCGAAAGGUAGCAGGAGUUUCCCGGCGACCAAGUGGAAUGCGGCAUGGGCGGUAGAUGCUCAAUUUUGUAGGCAACUGAGACAAGAGCGGUUCAUCUGGGACUGGAAACUGUCGAUGAGACAAAACGAAAAGAUACGUAGGGAAAGACUCAAUCCUUAGCCAAUGCGAGAUAUUAUAUGUGAUAUGUUGAACGUUAUUCUGUCCGAUUUCUAGCAAACUUAGGGGUAGUAUGUAAUUGAAACAUAAUGCACUAAAAAAAGAGUUACCGGAAAUAGCACGAGGAAGGCAGGGAAAUGAUUACUACAUGUAGUAUUAUUAUUGUCAUUAUGUCAGCGAAUGAUUGUACAGAAAGUAAGUAAAUCAUAUCGUACGAAAAAUCGUAAGCUUGCCUGUGCCAUAAAGGUUAUGUCAGAUUUCUAGUUUUAUCUAGACCGCAUCUAGCUGAUUCUACUAAUUUUCAAAGCUGUUACUUCUUAAUUACUUCCUCCAAUUCUCUUGUAUUUUCUUCCAUACAUGGGCACAUAUACUAGUACAUUCGCCACUACGGGCGAUCAGAGUUGAAAGAACUAUAUAUAUAUAUAUAUAUAUAGUUCAUACAAAAACUGCAUCACUAUACCUUAUCAUAAACAUUAUAUAUCGCAAUAGUCGUCUGUCAUAGCAUGGGUAAUGUUAAUGCAUUAAAAAGAACGUUUCGAAAAACUGGCUUCACAUGUAGGUGGCCAUUGUAUCAUGGAUGGCACAAAAAAUUAUAAAUGUACCUGUAAAUGUAAUCCUUGUGUAUCCUAUAAGUUUGUGACCUUAAAGGAGAGGGCGUGUCAUUUUCCAAAUGAUGAUUUUAUCAAUGAAUGCAUCAGCAAACGUUUUGCAGAAUUCCAACAUACGAUGUCUGUUCUGUAAAACGAUAUCAGAUAUAUCAGUAUCACUAACCCAUUCAGACCCUUCCAAUAUAUUCCCUACACGCUAUACGUAUUUCAUCUCACUUCAACGUGAACAAUUUUGGCAUAAAUGCGGGGAUAAGCAUGCCAAGUCUGCCAACUGUUGCAUAUUAGAUAUUAAAGAACACAUAACAAGACGCUUUUUUAUUACCUAACUUUUGUAAGGCCUUGUCAGGACACAUUGUAUUUAGCAAUGGGUGUGAUGUAUCCUGGGAUUGAAGGUCAUUGAAUACAAAUAAGAAUGUAUUUGGAAUGAUUUCUUGAGUACUGAUGCUUUUUUGCUUGUAGCAAUAGUUGGUACUUAAUCGUACGCUGUGAAGACGUGGGGAUUUUUUUUACAUUACAUUAUUAUCUUUUGGAAAAUAACACCCUCCUCUCGACUUAAAUGUUCCUUUGAAACUCUGCCGUGAAAGCUGUGUGUCUGACCAUUGAGGCUAGUCCUCAUCGUCCAUACUAGGUUCGAACAUAACAUUCUCAAGAUUCAUCAGGACGGUUGUGCUUGUUGCCGCCAUGCGAAAACGUUCACCUUUCAUC